CUGCCACCAGCUCCUGUGACCGCUGCUACAGUUGUGCAGUUGUUGGCGACGUUGUGUCCUGGAUUUUUUAAAAAUAUAAAGAUUUAUCUCCCGAUACUGGUAUUAAAUAUUAAGGCGGUCAAAAUUACCGAGAAGAAAUUGUUUGCUGACUGCGUUGAGUAUCAUAUCGAUAUUUUGAAAAUGGUGGAAACAAUGAGUCGCGUAUUUGGUCCGAUGAUCUUCAUCCAGUACUCCUUCAGUUCAAUAAUCCUCUGUAGCAGCGUUUACGCUCUUUCUCAAAUGGUCCCGUUUUCUCCAGAAUUCAUCGCUUGCUUGGUUUACAUCCUCUGUAUGUUCUUCCAAAUAUUCGUGAUCUGUUUGUCAGGAAAUCAAGUUUCGCUUGAGUUUGCAGAGCUCGGUCCCGAAAUGUACAACACAAACUGGUUUUUGCUGAGCAUUAACGCCCAAAAACACGUUGCUAUGAUGAUGAUGUCUUCAGUAAAGCCGAUAAUAUUCAGCUGCGGUCAUGUUGCCACUUUGUCAUUAGAAUCAUUCAAAAGG